AUGAGGAAAGCAGAGGCCCCUGGAGACUCUUCCCCUGCCACCCCCCCUCCCCCCAUAACAAGUGUUUCAGGUGUGGGGCUGUGCUUGGUACGUAAUGUAUUACAUCUCUGUAACUACUGUUCAGCUACUGUGUUUAUAGAAAGAUCGGUGCAAAUAAUUGAUUUUUACCACUUUGUAAAAGCUACAGUUGAUAUUGCUUAUGAAAGUGGAGAACUUCUGACUAUCCUGGUGAUUAUUUUAUGUCUUCUUGUUUUCUCUUUCAGCCGGGUGGCUUUACCAUGCUCAGUGCAAGAGUAUCAAGUUGGGCAACUUUACUCUGUGGCUGAAGCUAGUAAAAAUGAAACAGGUGGCGGUGAAGGAAUUCAAGUCUUAAAGAAUGAGCCUUAUGAAAAGGAUGGUGAAAAAGGACAGUAUACUCACAAAAUCUAUCAUUUAAAGAGUAAAGUCCCUGGCUUUGUAAGGAUGAUUGCUCCAGAAGGCUCCUUGGUGUUUCACGAGAAGGCCUGGAAUGCGUAUCCGUAUUGUAGAACAAUUGUGACGAAUGAAUAUAUGAAAGACGACUUCUUCAUAAAAAUUGAGACCUGGCAUAAACCGGACUUGGGAACACUAGAAAAUGUGCACAAUUUGGAUCCGAACACGUGGAAGAGCGUUGAAGUUGUUCAUAUCGACAUUGCAGACAGAAGUCAAGUAGAACCAGGAGAUUACAAAGCUGAUGAGGACCCAGCAUUAUUCCAGUCAGUCAAGACCAAAAGAGGACCUCUGGGGCCCAACUGGAAGAAAGAGCUUGCAGCUGAUGAAGACUGUCCUAAAAUGUGUGCUUACAAGUUGGUGACCAUCAAAUUUAAAUGGUGGGGACUACAGAACAAAGUGGAAAACUUUAUCCAAAAGCAAGAAAAAAGGAUAUUUACCAACUUUCACCGCCAGCUGUUCUGUUGGAUUGACAAGUGGAUUGAUCUGACCAUGGAAGACAUCAGGAGAAUGGAGGAUGAAACCCAAAGAGAGCUGGAAGCGAUGCGUAAGAAGGGUUCCGUCCGAGGCACACUGGCGGCUGACGUCUAGAGGAGUUCUCUGUAGGUUCAGAGGCAAAAACAAGCCGUUUACGUAACCAAGGCCAAGUGAGAGGAACAAGUGCUGCCAAUGAUGAAUGAUGAUGGAUGUGACCUGCACGCAGUGUUGAUGAUAUACAGAUGUGUGUGUGGAUGCAUGAUUAUUUGUAUAUAAUUAUAUAUACACACAUGCAUACUGAGGGGUUGUUACAGUGUCUCCAGGGUACUAUACCUAUCUUCAGCAAAGAUGCAAAGGAAACUGCUUUCAUUAUGUAUACCUGAAGCAAAUAAAAAUUGACUGAAUAGUGUCAUUUAAAGGAU